AUGGUUGGUUGGAGUUUGUCAAACAUCACAGAUGCUUUGCAAAAGCGUCUAUGUCGAUUUCUUAUACAUAGAUACUUGAGCGACUUUCUCAAGUCCAGUAUCAAUUUAGAACAGUUAUCAACCACUCUAUACGGUGGCAUUGCUUCAGUAAGCGAUGUUGAUAUAGAUGUGCAGAGAAUAAAUGAAGCAUUAGAAAUGUUGAAAAUUCCAUUUGUGGCUGUCGAAGGUUACAUUGGCAAAAUAAAUAUCACAGUUCCUUGGCAACAAAUACUUGUCAAAUCUGUUGAUUUAGAAGUGAAGCAACUGCAGCUCACCCUCCAGCUUCAACAGUUCGGAAAUGAACCAUUAGGUGACGUAGUGACUUCAAUGUUUGGAAGUGUUAUUGGGUCACUAGCAACAUCUAUGGAAUUGGCGCAAAGUUUUUUGAAUCAGGAAGAUUUUAGAAAUGAAGUAGAAGAUAAGGGUGUCGAGCAAUUUGCAGAGGUUAUUGAUGCUGUUAUCUCGCGUUUCCGGUUAAUUUUUGAGGAUGCAACUAUUCGUUUAGAAAGUCUUUCAAAUCAAGAAUCUGGACUAUGCACAGCUCUAGAACUCCGAGUUGACUGGGUCGAACUUGUAGAUGAGCAACUAGAAUCAGAAAUUUUAAACUCUGAGGCUAUAACUUCUCAGCCACGUUCGCUGUCGUCUCUUCCAAAUUUUAAUAAACUUUUUCAUGUCAGAGGAAUACGUUUAUACACCGAUAUUUUUAACAAGCCGGAAAUGAAAGAAGAAGAAAAUAUGUCGUCUUCAGUAGCACCGAUCAUUACAAGUAUGUAUUUACGGCGUGAGAAAGAGAAAACGUUAAGGAAACUAUCAGCAUCAUUAAACGGAACGCAUGAACAAAGUGAGAAGAAUGAUGUUCUUUCUUCUGUGCAUAUGCCAGUAUCAUCAAUUUUUGAAUCCUGUUAUUCACAUAAUAGCUCUGUGGGCGACAAUUUUGAUUCCCAUAUUUCUCAAUCAAAAUCAUCCUAUAAUGAUACGUAUGAGUCAAAUCCAGUUCUGUGUGCGUCGUUCAGCAGUAGCAUUGAAACGGUUGUUGUUCGAAUGCGUAACAAUGCGAUUUCAUCGCAGAGCACAGUAUUAUCCGAAAAGGAAAUCAACCUUAAUUUUGAUGGUCUCUGUGUGUUUUUGACUCCAUCGCAACUGAAAAUCUUGGAAACAUUUUUCUCCACUAUUUUCAGACCAUCAGUAAUUUCUGAUAUGCACUAUGAUUUGGGAAAGCCUAUGACAAUUCAUGAUUAUCAGAAGGUUGAAGCUGAAUUGCAAUCAAGAAUUAAUCAAGCAGAUCGCUUUGGGACUGCUUUCCAGCAUGGCAAUUGGGGAGGAUCAAUGCUGUUUUAUGAUGCACAGCGGAAUCUUUCGGCACCAUCUGCUGAAGAGGAAAUGACGAAUGUUUCACUCGAUUUCAAUGAUAUAGCUAAUCGGUCAUCUUCUAAAUUCUCGAAAGAGAUAUCCAGAAAUUACUUUCCUCCAAAACCUUCGAAAAAUUUGGACUCUUUAUCGGACGUCAUUAGUGUUAAAGCGAGCAUUUGCAACGUUGUUAUUGUUCUAACUCAUAAAGACUAUCUUGGGCAGUAUGAAGUUCAAGAUAAAGGCAUGGAGAAUAUUACCAAUAUCAUCAACUGUUACAAAGAUCUGGCUGAAGGAUUUUUCAAAACAACUUCUGCGUUGAGGCUUAGAGUCCAUUUGAAUGAGUUGAGACAAAGUACAAAAUAUCUCUACGAAAAUGAUCAUUUAUUGCAAAACUGUGUCGAAAAUGUCAAACUUUUUUCUUUUUGCGACAAUGCAUUGACAACUCCAGGUAGCUGUCGGCUGAUGUUAAACGUAGAAAGUAACAUAAAUUUAAAGCACUGUAUUAUCACAGUGAAUCUGGCUUCAUGUGAAAGUGAAUUGGACAUAUCAAUCAUUGAUCGAUUACCAUCUCUUCUAUUCAUAAGGCCUUUUCACACUUAUCCUUUUCCAACGCUGAUUCGCAAUAUUGAUGACGUUUCUCGUGGUUUGAAAACCGAUUUUCUUUUCACGGCUAUGAAAGAUACAAGCAGUACAUCUUCAUCAACAACAAUUUUGAUUUUAAAUUGUCCAGAAUGGAGCAUUCAUUUAAGAAUACCAGUUGCUGGUCUACACGAUACGAAUUCUAAGGCAUUUCAUUGGAAGAGACAUUUACAUAAGGAAUCACUGUGGUUAACUUUAUUGUGUACUAGGCUAGAAAUACCAUCAUUUGAUAUAUCUCGUUUUGGGCAGUGUGGGGCAUUCACUCUUUCUGCUACUUCAUUUCAUGGUAUGAAGUUUAACGAAUUUGUUGUCGGUUCAUUUAGUUUUGGCAAGCAGUCUGAGUCACCAGAUCUUGACCUUCUUUUUCUUUAUGGAGGUUGUAUGGAAACGGAUGGCAGCGACUGUGUCAGUUUGAAAAUUAGCUACGACAGAAGAGAUAUUAGUUUGGAAACAACAUCUGUGCCUUGUAAUGAGGGAGAAUACUUCUACAGUUCUCAGUAUGAUUCAGAAAACGAAACAGAUACCAAGUUAGAAGGGCCUUUCUCCAAAUGUAUUAUACGGAAUGAGAGUCAAGUGAUAGUUGUAGUUGGAAGUACAAAGGAGAUGCUUGAAUUUGGUGAGGCUUGUCAGUCGAAUGCAAAAGUAAACUGUGAACUGAAUAUUCCAGUAAUACGUAUUCAUUUACCUAGCCGCCACUGCUAUGAAAUUAUAUAUAAUAGAUUGAUGAAUGAUUUGGCGAUGUGGAAACCCUCCUCUCCUGCUUUUAAUAGUGACCGACCAAGAGAUUUUGAGGCAUCAAUUGAUGAUCUCUUCCAUCUCUGCAGAUCAACGAGAAGAAAAAAUUCUGUGAGUAGCGAGACUAAUGUUUCGUAUUCUCAUCGUUCAACACCAACAGUAAAUGCAUGGAGCAGCGAAAAAUCUCAUGACUUCUGUUUGAUUGCCAAUAUAGAAGAUGGACGUCUCUUGAUUGGGACAGAAUUUGAAGAUGCAGCUAAAAAAGAAGUAGGUCAGGUUGGGACAAUUUUACACAAAACGCAAAUGAUGUUGGUUAAUGGUUUUCAUGGAAACAAAGAACUAUCUUAUUUUUAUUCCACUUCGAAAGUUGCUAAUGUUUUUCACAAAAAUCUUAUUGGGAAUAUCUUGCCGUAUGAGCGAUGCGUUUUGAAAAAGGAUUUCGCUCAGCAUUGCGAGGAAGGGAUACAAGCAGAGCCGAUAACUGAUGAAGAAAUUUGUCUUUUAGAAAAGGAAGAAGACAAUUUUGCUAUUGCAGUUCGAAUUGACUAUAAUUUUCCUGAAAAUAUAAAGAAUAUGCUUGUUGGAGUUGGUAUUCGCAAUACGAUGUUACAUUUACAACCUUGGGAAAGUGUUGAGCAAUUUUGGAUCAAUCAGGUUAUUCGUUUCUUUAACAUUCCUGACUAUGGAAUUCUUGAUUGUAAGAUUCCACAAGCAGCAACGGAAUUGCAUGUACAUUUUUCGUCUUCACUGUUGGUUUACGAACAUUACUUUUCAAAUCAGCUUCAUCCUUUAUCACUGCGUGUAGUACUCAGUUCAUGUGACAUCAAUAGCCGAAUUAUGCAGGAUCUAGAAAUAUACAAGUUUGGAUGUAUUUUUGAACAAUUGAAGCUCUUUGCUUCAUUCAACCCUAGUGUUGAAACAAAGAAAAGUUCGGAUGAUCGUAAAAAGUGUCCCAAAUUUGGACUGAAAUUUUUACAUAUAUUGUCUGUUGGUAUGUUAAAAUUAGAGGUCAUAGCUGUUAAAAAUCUGCGAUUUGAUGAUGAUAAAUUAAAGAGAAGCUCUCCAUUUUUGGAAAUCAAAUGCAAAAACGAUCUGUUAAAAACCAAGUUUGCUGUGUUACAGUUAUGGGCUUGUUCUGAUUCUCUGUGCACCAUUGUUAAUGCGAUAUCUGAGCUGCUUGAUGCACACUCAUCUCAUACAGUAAGACAUGAGGAUUAUUCUGCUACUACUAGCAAAGCGGUUUGGAAUGAUUCAGAAAAAUGGUCACCUACUGAGCAACAAAUGGCCAAUAUAGAGAAAAUGGUGCAGUCAGCAAUGCUUGAGCUCCCAGAGGAUGAUAUUAUAGUUAACACUUGUACGGCAGAUUCCAAUGAAACUACUGGGAGGCGCAAAGACAAGGACACCUGUGGGAUGUCUGGAAUUGAUGAAGGUUUUUGUUUACUGGAAGAAAUCCCUGGUAACGGAAUCAUGGCAGGAAGUGGCAGACCUAAGGCACGUGUGUUGUUCAGAGGGGGCUCACCUCCUAUAAUACAUGAUAACUAUUUGAAGAAAAUUGAUGAACGAUCAGUUCUUUCAACUACUUCAAAGAAUUAUAUUCCGUUGUUUAAAUAUUGUAUUGAUGACCUAUCAUUAGAACUUCAUUUAUAUGGUGGUGCUGAUUUCAAAACGUCAAAACCACCAUUCAAACCAUACUCUGCAUCAUCAAGUGGAGGGAAAUUACGUCGUGAGAAUUUCCCUGCUGGGGGUCGCUAUAGAGAUUAUUCCGUUCAUGUUGAACUGCGUUUAUCUAAAGUGAGGUUUAUGUUCGAAAUAUACGAUAAGCGGGCACCCGUAUUAUCUACGAGAAUGUUCAGUAUCGGUUCAGCUGAAAUAUUGGAUAAAUUAGUGUCUUCUAAAAUAAACAAACUUCUUUAUCCGCAUGUUUGGGAUCGGACUUUCCCCCGUCAUUCACAGUCGCCAGUGUUUUCAGUACGUGUGUAUGAAACACAUCAACAUGAGGGUAAAAUGAAAGUAUCUUUAUUGCCAUUACGUAUUAAUGCCGAUCAAGAUACCAUGGAGUUUCUUGAAGACUUUAUAAAUGAUCUUUCUAGUGGAAUUGCUCUAUUGAAAGCGGAAAGUGUUUCAACUUCGAAAAUUCCUGAAAAUCCGCGAUUAGAAGUUCCUUCUCUUAAUAACACUGAUGCUGUUCGCUGGGAAAAGGAUGUGCAUCAUAAUACUGCAGAUUCUUUGAAUGCGGCUGCAGUAACUGAUUUAUUUUUGAAAGAUCGCACUCAUCAUGGGUUCAAAACAAGCAGUAAUGAUAUGCUGCAUUCAGAUAGUGAUGAUGAUAUCCAUUUGGAAGAAGACAGCGAUGAGAACUUGAUGGUCAGUAAAUGGCCAGCUCUGGCUCCCAAAACUUCUAAUCAAGGCGGUUCCACUGAUGACAUCUCAGACUUCGUGGAUCCGUUUUGCUUUCUUGAUUCAUCAAUUAGUCACUUGGAUCAAAACGUUGUUGCGGAUAAGGUCAACAACAGCAGUGAUCAAACUGGUUUAUCUUCAAAGUCGGAGGCAGUUAUUUUUGAAGAUGUCCAUCGGGAAAACGAAAAUAUGGAAAACCAUAUCCCGUUAUCGGUUGAAUAUAAAGAUGAAAAUAUCGCAUUAGAGUCAAUCGGUGGGACAGAAAUUUUCUUCAAAGAAUUCAUUUUUUCGCCAUCUGCAGUCAUUUGUUUGGAUAUGAAUGGGAAGCGUAUACGUCCAGAUCAGGGUUGGUUCUUAGGGCUUUUAGUGGGUUUAAGUGAUUUUAAGUGUACCGAAAUACGUUUGAAGGAACUCAACUGCACCCGAGGUUUGCUUGGGUAUGAUAAAUGCUUCAAAUUUGCUUUCAAUGCAUGGUUGAACGAUAUCAACAAUAAGCAAUUAGUGCAAUUCAUUACAUCUUAUGGACCAAUCAAGUCGCUAGUAGAAGUUGGUUCUGGAAUCCGAGAUCUGUUUUUGAUGCCCGUAAAUGAAUACUGUAGAGAGGAAGGUCAUGUAGUCAAAGGAUUACAGAGAGGUGCGGAGAGUUUUGGCAUAUCAACUGCUACAGUUGCAGUUGAUAUGCUGCAAAAAAUGGUUGGUGUUGUGCAGAGCGUUGCAGAACUAGCAUUUGAUAUUGUCUCACCGGAAUAUCCUAUAUAUCGGCAUAGAAGGCACCUAUUGGAUUCUGCUACACGACGACCAAAUGAUAUUAGAGAGGGCUUUAAUAUGGCUUUGGAGGCUAUCAGACAGGAGAUUAACGAGACAGCUCUUGACUUUCAAUUAGCCGCGAUAGAAGAUAAAUCUAGCGGUUACUCAACUGUGCGAGGUCUUCUUCGACAGGCACCAACCACAGUAUUAAGACCUGUUAUUGCUAGCAGAAAUGGAGAAAUGGAAAUGAUGGGUUCAUUCGCAAAUAUGUUUCACGGUAUAGCAGAUAAGCAAUGCUCAAUAGCAGCAGGAAAGAAGUUGAAUGAUCGAGGAGCUGGUGAAUGA